AUGAGGCGUCAAGGGUGCUACACGCACGCCCCGAGCGGCGCGCAGCGCGGCACCCACCCCUGCCUCGAUUACUACCUGGGAGCCAUCUUCAUGGACCGCGGGGGCUACAAGCAGCUGCUUGAGAACCUCGCGGCGCAGCCCCCAACUCAGGAAGAGAUCAAGCAGAUGGGGACAUACUUCGGGAUUUCCGAGGACGAGGACCUCUACGUAUGGGAGGUGGCUGACAUGGCGCUCGCGGCGCCCCUGCCGCCGGGCUGGGCCGAGGUUGCGCCCGGCGAGGCGGGCGCCGCCGCGGCGCCGGAGCUGCAGUUCAGGGACCCUGAGGGUGUGCUGCAGGAGGAGCAUCCCCUGGACAAUUACUUCCGGGAACUCAUCCGCCGCCGCCGCCGCGAGCUGCUGCGGCGCAAGCGCGCGGCGCUCAAGGCGGUGCAGGCGGUCGUGGCGAUGGGCGGCCUGCGGCGCCGGCUGGGGGUCGCGGCAGCGCUGGCCGCGAGGCGGCCGCCCCCUGAGCGGGCCGAGGGCCUGGCGCCGGCAGAGCUCGCCGCGGCCCUGGACGAGCCGUCUGCAGAGGCGCUGCUGCGCGAGUGGGCCGCGCUUGUGGCAGGCGCUACCACCUUUGUGGGGGAGAUGCGGGCCGGCGGCUGGAGCAGCACUGGCGGGGCGGCGGCGGCGGCGGCGGCGGCGGCGGCGGCGGCAGGCGCAGCGGGGUCGCCUAGCUGCGGGUCCGGGGACGGGGCUCUGGGCGGGGUUGGGCUCGAGAAUGUGCAGCAGCAUCUGUCUGAGCUUGGGGCUGUGCUUGGGGUGGCUAUGCAGCAGCAGCAGCAGCAGCAGCAGCAGCAGCAGCAGCAGCAGCGGUCGCCCGCCAGCGGCGCCUUGCUGCCAGCUGGCGCGGCGCGACCACCAGGGGACGUGGCGGCGGUGGCAGCGGCAGCGCCGCCUGAGCCGGGGCUGAGCCCCUCCGGCAGUGGGGAUAGCCAGGAAUUGGUCGCACCGCCAGCGGUCACUGACGCCAUGAGCCCAUCUCCGCCGGCCGGCGCCAGGCGCCGGCGCCCGUCCCUCUUAGACCGGCCGCCCGGCGCCGACGACGGCGCCGCGCCGCCCUGCCGCACGACCGCGGACGGUGGCGGCAGCGGCGGCGCCCCCAGCUCGCCGGCCGUGCCGCGGCGGCUGUCACUAGAGCUGUCUCAGGCGCUUGGUGUCCCCCAGGGCCCCGACAGCAUGAUGCUGCUGUCCGUCGGCGCCCUGGCGAAAGGCGGGCAGGCAGAUGCAGAUCCAGUGGCGGCAGCUGCCAGGUACCUGCGGGCGCUGGCUGCCGUCGUGAGGGAGGGCCGCGGGUUGGCGGCCGGGUGGCGGGCGAUGAGGGCGGGGGCAGAGGCGGUGGAAUUGCAGCUGGAGAGGAAGCGGGCUGAGUGGGAGGAGGGGCGGCGGAGGCUGCUCGAAGAUCUGAUGCUGAGCCGGCACCUGCAGGAGCGACAGCUGGAAGAAAUGCGCGAGCUGCAGCAGCAACAGCAGCAGCAGCAGCAGCAGUUGCAGAGGUCUGAGGCGGAAAUUGCCGAGCGCGAGGCUCGCUCUGCGGCGGCGGCCGCGUUUGUCCGGCUGAGCGCGCGCCUGCAGCAGCUGUCGGAGAGCCAGCGGGCGGCGGCCGAGGCGGCGGGAGCCGCGGCGGCGGAGCAGGCGGGGCGGCAGGAGGACCGGGCCUGCGCGCGCGCGGAGUGCAGGAGGGCGGCCGAGCGGCUGGUGCAGCAGGUACUGGCGGGGGGCGCUGCGGCGGCGCAGGCAGCGGCAGCUGCGGGCUCUGCCGCCCUCAGCACCUCGGGGCCAGAAGGGCGGGCGAGCGUUGUGGACGCAAGCAACGGGGCUGGCGGGCUGCCUUCAGCAGCGCCCGAGCCCGCCGCGGCCGGCCAUCCCUCCGGAAACGGCGACGCUGGCACUGACAUGGGCGCGGGCGCGGGCGUGGACGCAUGCGCGGGGGCGCGUGCGAUGCAUCAGCUGCAGCGGGCCCUUCAGCAAUUGGAAGCUGAAGAGUCGCUGUACGCGGGCGAGGACGACGCCGAUAUGGACCGCCUUGCGGAAGACCUGCGCACAGGGGAAGCUUCCUGGGAUGCUGAGCUUGCUGACGUGGCGCGGCAACUGGAAGAUCUCCAGACGCCCAGCUCCACCUCGGUGGUGCCGGCUGGAUCAGCGGCGGCGUCGGACGCGGUCAGGGCGGCCGAGUGCAGCAGAGGCGAGGGCGGCCAGGGCGAUGCGGCUGCCCAGGUUCUUGCAGAUGUCGCUGGAGAAGCCGCCGCUGAGGCCCGGGCGCUGCUGCUGCAGCUGCAGGAAAGGGAGGCUGUGCGCCGCGAGGCGGCGCGCGCGCUGCUGCUGGAGCGCCGGGCGGCGCGGAGGGCCGCGGCGGACGCGGCGCGUGAGGCGCUGGUGAGGAUGAAUGCAGAGGUGGCGGAGCUGCUUUCCGCGGGCAAUGGCGCCUCUGAAGCGGCCAAAGCGGCGGCUGCUUCUGCUGGCAGCAGCAGCAGCAACGGCGGCGUCGGCAUCAGCAACGGCGGUGCCGGCAUCAGCAACGGCGGCGGCAGCAACAGCGACAGCGGCAGCAGCAGCAGCAGCAGCAGCAGCAGCAGCAGCAGCAGCAGCAGCAGCAGCAGCGGCGGCGGCGGCGGCGGCGGCGGCGAUCGGGCGCCCGGCUCAGGCGGGGUCGGGGCCGCGGCCGGCACGCAGCCCCAGCUGCGAGCGCUGGCCGCGGCGCUAACGCUGCUAGGUGACCGCCAGGCGGCCGCCAGCGAGGCGGAAGCCGAGCAGGCGGAGGCUCAGCUUCUUGCGCAGGACGAGGCCGCCGCCGCCGCCGCAGACCAGCUGCUGCAGCUGCGCGCGCGGCUCGCGCGGGCGGGCGCAGCCGCCUGCGGCUGCAUCUGCGCGUGUGGGCGGAUCGAGGGCGAAGGGGGCUGCGGCGGCGAAGGCCCGUUCGGGGAGGAGAGAGGGCUGGCCGCGCGGGCGUUGGAGCUGGGGGGGCGCUUGCGGCUGGCGCGGCGGCAGGCGGCGGCGGCGACGCGGCGGCGUGACGAGGUGGCGCGGGAGCUUGCGGAGCUGCGGCAAGCGCAGGAGGCACACGGCUACAGCCCACAGGCCGCCGCCGAGGCGAGCGCCCGCCACGACGCCGCCGCCGCCGCCGCCGCCGCCGCCGCCGCCACUGAGCGCGCUGCCCUGCUUGCCGCAGCCGCCGCAGCGGCGCAGCAGCUGGCCGAGGCCGAGCAGCGGCUACAGGCGGCGUCGGCUGAGCGGGACGCGCUUGCGGAAAGCUUUCAGAAGCUGGAGGAAGCCGAUGCAAAGCUGCGUGGUGAGGUGGAGGAUUUGAGGCAGCGGCUAGCCGAGGCGUCCGGGGCCCGCGAAUCAGACGCCGCUCGCGCGGCAGGGGUGGCGACGGAGGCAUCAGAGCGGCACGCAGCUGCCCUGCAGCGAUAUGAGGCGGCCGCCGCCGACGCACGGCGCGAGGCGGCAGCGAACAAGGCCGAGGCGGAGGGGCUGAGAAAACAGCUGCAGGCGGCGGAGCGGCCGAGGCGACCGCCGCGGCAGAGCGCGCCGCGGCGGCCGCGGCGCGCGCCGCGCGGCCGCGGGCCAGCUGCCAGACGGACCUGA